CGAGCAUGAACAAUUCUUGGGACUGUCAUGUCCACUGCUUUGAUCCAGCCGAGUUUCCGCUCAAGCAGACUCGCUCGUACACACCCUAUCCCGCAGCACUCGACACGCUGGUCAACAACGUUCAAUCACGAAAUCUGAUCAUUACCCAAGCAACAAUCGAAGACGGGGUCGCUGGAAUACAAGAAAUUCUAUUAAGAGCGCGAGCAUGUCCAGAACUCCGUCUUGUGCGAGGUACGAUCAUGGCCAGUCACACCCAAAACCUCGACAUGCAUGCAACGCAAAGGCUGCACGAAGUUGGGGUCCGGUGUGUUCGAAUCCACGGAACUUACGGUGGAGCUGGAGGUGACACUGGCUGGAUCACUGAGCAAUUCAGACUAGCGGCCUCUUCAAUCGGGGUCAAGCAAUAUGGCUGGUACAUCUCUGCUCAGCUGCCCUUGCAGACUUGGGCUUUCCUCGGACCUUGCAUCUCGGAGCUCAGAGACGUGACGGUCAUUGCGGAUCAUAACGCUUCAGCGGGACCCUCUGACUUGGGUCUUCCUGCCUUUGCGGAGUUUCUCCAGCUCCUAGGCGCACAGAACAUAGUGGUCAAGGUUGGAGCCUUACAUCGGAGGAGUAUGGGGAACAUCGAAGCGAUGAGACCAAUUAUAGAAGCCUUCGUCGCAAAGGCCCCGAGCAGAGUCAUCUUUGGCAGCGACUGGCCGCAUGUGGAUGCAUCGAGGGGCGGACAAACUCCGACACCACACCUGCAAGAUGUGGAUACUGCAGAAGAGUUAAGAAUGAUUCGGACUUGGAUGUCCGAAGAGCAGUGGAACAGACUCAUGCAAAGCAAUGCCGAGAGGCUUUUGCAAGGGCAAGCUUUCAAUGCCACAUCGGACAAGGACCGAAGACAAAGCUUAGAAUGGUUACCCAAUGCCGGAAAGGAGUCUGUCAUUGCUGAGAUGAUCGAAGACACCGGCAAGCCGGAGAAGAUCAUGGACAUCUAUCGUUCAUACGAGCCCGAAUAUGCCGCACAAGCAGAACGCCAGCUUGUCAGAAAGAUUGACAAGAGAAUCUUGCCUUUGGUUGUCAUCAUCUACCUGUUCAACUACCUUGACCGAAACUCCAUCACUCAAGCUCGUCUCUACGGACUUCAAAAAGACACCAAGGUCAAUGGCGCUGUUUAUCAAACCGCCAUCUCGAUCUUCUCUGCUGGCUAUAUCUUCAUGCAACUGCCAUCUACGUUACUCAUGACCAAAUUGAGGCCGUCAAUCUUUCUUCCAUGCUGUAUCAUCCUAUGGGCAAUAGUCAGUGGUUGCACUGCAGCUGCUAACUCUCCCGGGUCUCUUUUGGCAAUAAGGUUCAUUUUGGGCCUUGUUGAAUCGCCCUUCUUUCCAGGAGCGAUUUACUUCUUGUCGUGCUGGUACACAAAGAAAGAGCUGGGCAUCAGAAUGGCGCUCUUGAUUUGCGGUCUUCUUCUGUCGAACGCAUUUGCCGGACUGAUCUCUGCUGGUAUCUUGAGGGGUAUGGCAGGGGUUGGUCAUCUACACGCUUGGAGAUGGUUGUUUAUCCUUGAAGGUCUUGCAACUGUCUGUGUCGGAUGCAUCGCUUUGUUAGUCUUGCCAGACUAUCCUGCGACCACUCGCUGGUUGACUGAGGAAGAGAAAAUCAUUGCUCAAGGUCGACUCGCUGCAGAUGCAGGAAGUGAUGACGUUCUCGGAGAAGAGAAAGUAUCGAUCUGGCGUGGUAUCGCUUGGGCAGCCAAAGACUAUCGCGUCUGGUUGUUUGCUGGGCUUCAGAUGGCGACCACGGCCUCCAUCUCUUACUCGCACUUCUUUCCCACCUUGAUCCAGGAGAUUGGUAUCAAGAACCGCACAACUGUGCUUCUACUUACAUCGCCGCCAUACCUUGUUGCUUUUUGCUGGGCUCUUGGUCUUGCAUGGAUCGCUGAUAAACGCCAGAUCCGAUCUAUCCCCGCUGGCAUCUCUUGCGUCAUCUCCAUGGUCGGAACCGUACUCUUGGUUGCCCUGCCUCAUUUGUACUGGGCUCGGUAUGCGUUCACUUUCCUGGUCUGCAUCGGCACUUUCGGCAUCUACUCAACCACGUACACCUGGUUGUCGUCGACGAUCCCUCGUCCACCAGUCAAAAGAGCCGCUGCCAUUGGUAUUGCUAACACCUUAGCGAAUUUAGCCUCCUUGUUUGCAAACUAUUUCUGGCUCGAUGAAUACGAACCAACCUUCCAAGUCUCAUGGGGCAUUCUUCUGGCAUUCCAGGCCUUUGCUCUGGCUUGCAUCUUGACGUUGAGAUUCAUGUUACAACGCAAGAACAGAAUGUUCACAAAGCUCCAAGGCGAAAUUAAUGUUAAUCAUGAAGCGGCGGUGCAGGCUUUGGACGAAGAUGCCCAGAGAGCUAUCAAGAACCAUUUCAGAUAUGUGGUC